AUGAAACAGUAUGGCCAUGUGACCGAUAUAGCGCCUGACAGGAUUACAUUACAGAACAUGGAGAAAAGGUCAGGUGAAAGCUUUAGGAAAUACGCCCAGAAGUGGAGGGAAGUCACUACGCAAGUCCAACUACCACUGCUGAAAAAAGAAAUGACUAUGCUGUUUAUUAAUACCUUGAAAGUGCCUUUCAUUAAUCAUAUGUUGGAGAACGCAACUAAGAGUUUCGCAAACAUAGUGAUGUCUGGCGAAAUGAUAGAAAAUGCAAUAAGGUGCGGGAAGAUAGAAAUGGGGGAAAGCACGGAAAGGUCAGCCCCGAAGAAAAAGGAAAACGAGGUAAACAAUGUGAGUUCAGGCUAUUCAAAACCUGUCACCGUUAAUCAAUCAAGAACGUCCCCAUACCCCAAGUGGUAUAACGCAAAUACUCAGUGUGAAUACCAUGCGAGGGUUGUGGGGCAUUCAAUAGAAAGCUGCAUCUCGUUUAAGAAGUUAGUCGAGAAGCUCAUCAACAUGGGUGUUGUGAAGUUCGAUGACACACCUGUGGUAGGUAACCCAUUACCCAGCCAUACUGAUGGUGGGGUAAAUACAAUAAUCGAGAAUGUGGGGAGGAGAGUUAAGCUGAACGCGGAUGAAGUAAAGACUUCGUUCAGAGAAGUUUGGAAGAAAAUGCUGGAAAUGGGGUUGAUCACGCAGAGUUCAAAGAGCAACUCCCGAGAAGUGGGGGACUAUUGCGAAUUCCACGGCGAGAAGGGUCAUGAAAUCCAGAGUUACAAGAAAUUCAGAGCCUUAGUCCAGGGCUUAAUGGACAAUAAAGAGUUAGAGUUCUUUGAGCUUACCGGAGAAGAGGACGUAUGUGCUGCUGAAGAGAAGUCGAUAGCGAAGGUUUGUGAGGCUAGUCACCCAGUGGUCAUCAUUUCACAGGCAAAAAUUAGUGAAGCUGAAGCAAGGGUGGCACCAAGAAUCGUUAUCCAAAAGCCCAAGGCUUUCCAUUUUAGGGAUAGCAAAAGGGUGCCUUGGAAUUAUAGCGGUAGUGUGAUAGUUUUGGAAAAGAAGAGUUCGGACGGUACACUAAGCACAGAAGCCGAACCUGUAAAGAAGAAGUCCUUUGUGAUCAGACAAGGAGAAAAGAUGUCAGAACCACUGGUUAAUGAACCAGUAAUGGAGAACGAAGUCCAAGAAUUCUUGAAGUUCCUGAAACACAGCGAGUAUAGUGCUGUGGAACAAUUACACAAGCAGCCGGCUCGUAUAUCAAUAUUGACUUUGCUUUUGAGCUCGGAGACGCACCGUGAUACACUGAUGAAGGUGUUAAACGAAACUUAUGUCGCUGACGACAUUUCAAUAAACAAACUAGACCGUCUUAUCAGCAACAUAAGCGCCGACAACUUUAUUUCCUUUAGUGACGAUGAAAUACCACUGGGGGGAAUGAGAUCUACCAAAGCUUUGCACAUUACUACUCGCUGCAAUGGGUAUAUGUUACCGGGGAUGUUGAUUGAUAAUGGUUCAGUACUGAACGUCCUACCUCUGUCCACAUUAAACCGAUUGCCUAUGGAUAGCUCUCAUAUGAAGACAUGCAAAAAUAUAGUGAGAGCAUUUGACGGCACUGAAAGGAAGGUAAUGGGAAGGAUAGAGAUACCUCUUCUGAUCGAGCCAAAUACUUACGAGGUGGAUUUCCUAGUAAUGGACAUCAAACCUUCCUAUAAUUGUUUACUGGGGAGGCCAUGGAUUUAUUCGGCAGGGGCAGUACCAUCAUUGUUGCAUCAGAAAUUAAAGUUGGUGACAGAAGGCCAGCUAAUAACAAUAAACGCUGAAGAGGACAUUAUCACAUCCGUUGCUAGCGAUGCACCGUACAUUGACAGUGAUAACGAAGGGGUUGAAUGUUCACUUCGAUCAUUAGAGUUCGUGAAUGCAACCUUUAUUACUGAAGGAGGUAGGAUCCCGGUGCCCAGACUUUCUGAAGCUACGAAGAUGAGUUUACAACUGACAGUAGGAAGAGGAGCAUUACUCGGAAGGGGAUUUGGGAAAUAUCUCAAUGGAUGA